UCCCAGCUUUCCUGUUCCCUCCUGCCUUCUUGUUCUUGCCCCUGCGCUGGUGUGCCCAUUUAGUCUCAUUUUGUUUUAUGAGCCUGUCUAAGCUUUGGAUGACGGGUGGACCUCAGGAGUGACUUCAGAGCUGAGUUAAAAAUGUGUCUGGGGGCCAUACUCUUGGGGUUUCUCCAGUCUCUGUCACACCAGUAAGUCUGGUCUCUUUUUGUGAGUUAGAAUUUUGUCCCACAUUCUUCUCCAGCUUUGUCUGGAACCCUCUCUUGUGAUCCCUGUCAGAGCAGUUGGUGUGGCAAGCUGGGCACCAUCUAGUUGUUCUGGACAGUCUGGCGGAGGCUGUGGUAGUUGUGGUCCAUUAGUCCUUUGGACUAAUCUUUCCCUUGUGUUUUUGGUUUUCUCCAUUCUCCCUUGCUCCAGAUGGUGUGGGACCAGUGGAGUAUCUGAGAUGGCCAUUCGCAAGCUUUUAAGACCCCAGAUGCUACUCACCAAAGCAGGAUGUAGAACAUUUUCUUUAUAAACUAUGUUAUGCCAGUUGAGCUAGAUGUCCCCCCAGACCAUGGUCCCUAGCCCUCAGCCUUAAAUCUCAGAUUUGACCAGCUUUAUUAUUGGGGUGUGGGGUGGGGGAGAUGAGGCUUAGUUUGAGAGGUAAAUGGACUCAUCAGAACCAAAUCAGAAAAUUAGACUUAAUUACCCAGCCACAAACCCUGGUGGAUCUGGGCAGGCCUCCCCAUGUGAAGGAUAUAGCCUGUGUUUUUAUGGGCAGGCUGGUUCCCAAAGACGAAAGAGGAAGGAGCUGAGUCGAUUACGCCCAGUUUAUUCUUCCCAAAAUGUCCCAACAGAUAAGUCAGCCCACAUGCCCUGCCUGGAGUGGUGAAAGAAAAGUGGCAGAGAGAGGCCAGGCCUUACACCAGAUGAGUUUCUUCCACAUGGAAGAAUCACUUCCCCUGAGAACCUUCAACCAGGGAUAGCUAUUUGUUAUUGUGAAGCUGCAGUCAGACGGCCUAGAUGCAGUGUUCAAGGGUCCAGAAAUAUUGUUUUUAAGCCAUUGGUUCUUUUCUUUGGCUGCACCUUGAUAUCACUUAUGGUGUUUUGUAAAAAGAACAAAAAACAUGCAUAUGCUCGAGCACCACUCCAGACCUACUGAGGAAGACUUUGGAGAUGGGGCCCUGGACAUGUGCAUUUAAAGAAAGCUUCAGUUCUUCCAGUGCAAAUCCAGGUGAGGACCCACUGCUGUAGGUGUGCUGCUUAUUGUGUGGUUUUCUACCAUGCCUCUGUGCAUAUGCCUUUCCCACUGCCUGAAUUGAGCAUCCUAGCCUUCUUCACCUGGGCAAAAAUUCUACUCAUCCUUCAGCAGUGGAGUUGGCCAUGUCCUCCUCUGCAAUCUUCCCUGCUCCUUCCCCUGUCUUCCUCACUCCCUGCAAGCAGAGAUUCCUUCUGGCUGCAAGCUAUUUCAAAAAAUGUAUUCUGUGUUGAAAUUAUUUUGAUAACUACAUGUGAACAUUUCUGCAAAAGCUCAUAUACAUACACACACUUGUAAAUGUACAGAAAAAGAUCUGAAAGUACAGCCACCAAAUUUUUAUGCUAUCUUGACUGUGAGGUGGGGGAUUUGAGUAGAGGAGGAUGUUUAAUUAUUUUUUUGGUAAUAAGUACUCAGCUUACUCUUAUAUAGUUUUAAUUUUUAAAUAAGUGUAUUUUGAUGAUAAGAUAAAAAUAACAGUAUAAAAGAAGAAAUGCAUUGCAUUGAUUCUAUGCACUGCAUUUCCUCCUGCGAGGACUUCUACAUGUCAUCUCAGUCACAGUCCUGAUUUUGGACAGGGUUCUGCCCUCUUGUGUUCCUUCCUCUUUCUCUACACUUUUAUUUUCCUUUCUUAGAUCCUCAAAUGAUCAGACUUAGAUGAAGCGGAAGGGACAAUUCAACUUCCCUCAAUUUCAGAAUUGUGUUUGUGCCAUGAAUAGAAAGCAAAAUCCAAAACCAAACCCAUUUCCAUCAACUCUGACUUAUGGCGACCCUGGGUGGUGCACGCUGAUUGUGCCAGACUACCAACCAAAAAGUUCGUGGUUUGAACCCACCCAGCAGUGCUGUGGAAGAUCUGUUUCUGUAAAGAUUAUAGCCAAGAAAAUCCUAGGGAGCUCAGGUCUGCCCUGUAACACAUGGGGUCACCAUGAUAAGUAGGAACAGGUAAACUACAGAAUUGAAGUUUUGAAGAAUGGGUAAAGACUUUCGUUAUUAUUUCCAGCAUCCCUGGUCUCGCCUGAUUGUGGCUUAUUUGGUGAUCUUCUUUAACUUCUUAAUAUUUGCGGAGGACCCAGUUUCUCAUAGCCAAACAGAGGCCAAUGUUCUUGUUGUUGGAAACUGUUUUUCAUUUGUAACAAAUAAAUACCCUAGAGGAGUUGGCUGGAGGCUUUUGAAGGUGCUUCUAUGGCUACUUGCCAUUCUCAUAGGACUAAUAGCUGGCAAAUUUCUGUUCCAUCAACGUUUGUUUGGUCAGCUACUCCGGCUAAAAAUGUUUCGAGAGGAUCAUGGGUCGUGGAUGACAAUGUUCUUCAGCACAGUUCUUUUUCUCUUCAUAUUUUCUCACAUAUACAACACGGUUCUGUUAAUGGAUGGCAACAUGGGAGCAUAUAUCAUUACAGACUAUAUGGGCAUCCGAAAUGAAAGUUUCAUGAAAUUAGCUGCGGUAGGGACCUGGAUGGGGGACUUUGUCACAGCUUGGAUGGUCACUGAUAUGAUGCUUCAGGACAAACCCUAUCCUGAUUGGGGAAAGUCUGCAAGAGCUUUCUGGAAGAAAGGAAAGAUUAGGAUCAUUUUAUUCUGGACGGUUCUGUUCACUCUGACUUCUGUAGUUGUACUUGUCAUCACAACUGACUGGAUCAGCUGGGACAAGCUGAAUCGGGGAUUUUUGCCCAGUGAUGAAGUUUCCAGAGCAUUCCUGGCUUCUUUCAUCUUGGUCUUUGACCUCCUCAUUGUGAUGCAGGACUGGGAAUUCCCACAUUUCAUGGGAGACGUUGAUGUGAAUCUCCCUGGGUUACACACUUCUCACGUGCAAUUCAAGGUUCCUUUCUUCCAGAAGAUCUUCAAGGAGGAAUAUCAUAUUCACAUAACAGGUAAAUGGUUUAAUUAUGGAAUCAUCUUUCUUGUCUUGAUCUUGGAUCUGAAUAUGUGGAAGAACCAGAUAUUUUAUAAACCUCAUGAAUAUGGGCAGUAUAUCGGCCCAGGGCAGAAGAUUUACACAGUGAAAGACCCAGAAAGUUUAAAGGAUUUGAACAGAACCAAGCUAUCCUGGGAAUGGAGGUCCAAUCACACUAACCCUCAGACCAAUAAAACAUAUGUUGAGGGAGACAUGUUCUUACACAGCAGGUACAUAGGGGCUAGCCUUGAUGUCAAGUGUCUGGCCUUUAUUCCAAGCUUGAUCGCUUUUGUGUGGUUUGGAUUCUUCAUCUGGUUCUUUGGACGAUUUUUGAAAAAUGAGCAAGGCAUGGAGAACCAAGACAAAACUUACACUCGCAUGAAAAGAAAAUCCCCAUCAGAACACAGCAAAGACAUGGGAAUCACUAGAGAAAACACCCAGGCCUCAGUGGAGGACCCACUGAAUGACCCUCCCUUGGUUUGCAUCAGGUCCGACUUCAACGAGAUCGUCUACAAGUCUUCCCACCUAACAUCAGAAAACUUGAGCUCACACUUGGAUGAAUCUACCAGCGCAACAGAGGCUGAUCCAGACCCAGCUACAUCUAAAAGUACACCUACGAACUAGAUUCACUUACUUGGAGAUAGCACAGAAAAACAACCUUGUGUAUAACUUUAAAGAAGUUAGUCUUUCCUUUUGUAAACGUAAGGUUUACGUAGUAUCAGAUAAAGAAAUAUAAACAAUGCCACAACGGUGCUCAACAUGCUUUUUCUAGGACUCAUUGUUUUCUAUUUGUAUUAUAAUACACGUGCCUACUGUAUAUCUAACAGUCCUCUAGAGAUUGCUUUUCACAAUUGCACAAGCUAUUUACUGACUUUCCAGCAUAGCAGAAGAUUAAACGAUUACCUGUGUAUCUGAUGUUCAACCAUAGUGGUGCCUUGAGACAUUAAACUGUUUUUAAUUGUACCAGAAAUGAAGCGUGGAAUAG